GACGGAAGUCUAUGCUUGAUUCAAGAGACACGGACACACCUGGUUGCCCUGCGUCAAGUGUACUCGUUCGAUCCAUACACACACACGUAUGACACAUACACCUGUCAGUCAGUGGCACUGAAACAACAUCUCCUUCACCUCUCGAUUCACCCGCACCCGGCCCUCAUCCAGUGCCACGCCAGCACCACCACGCCGCCCACUACAGGCAUACCCAUACCCCCCAUCGCACCCACCCCUCUCACCAUUCACACCAGUCCUCCCACGCCACCUCGCCCCACCGCCUACAAUCGGCGGGAGCGUCACGGCCGACACCGGGCUGGCCGUCGAGUCGUUGUGUGCAUAUGUUGGCGUGCCUGACGAGAUGACGACCUUGGCGCCACCGUUGAGAGGGGGGAGGCGUGUUAUGGGGUGCCGCGAUCGACGGGCGAAACAGGGCGGCACUGAGGGAGGGAAUGGACGAAUGGCUGUGUACACGGAUGCACGGAAUAGUGAGUACGUGUCUCUGUGCCUCAUUUUAGAGCGCUCACUGACCGAUUGUGUCGUUGUGUCUCUGUUGUGCUAUUGUCUGUGGCACUGGCGUCAGCCUCCUGUGAGGCUGCAAGCUUCUUGUCCUGGCCGGCGUGGUGGUGUUGUCGUUGGCAUGUUUGGCCUGCAGGGCAGCCAGCUGGCGGUCAAGACGGCGCAAGGAUGCCUCCAGGGAGGACUCGAUGUCUGCAUGGGCAAGAAAUAUGGCAUGAGACACGACAGGAGAGGAGAGACGUGUGACCUGCUGCUGUCUCCCCCAGUGGCUGCAGAGGUCCUUCAAGAUAUCCGGGCCGGACCCACUGCCCCCCCACUCCAUCAACCGGCUCGCCAGUGUUGUCCAUGUCUCUCUCAGAACCUUCAUUUCCCCCUCCCAGCGUCUCUUGCCUCUGCUCUAGCGGCUGCCCUCCCCCCCGCUUCCAGCCAGACCGGUUCAUGAGCUUGACAUCCCACCUCAGCACCUCUGCCUCAAUCGCCCGCUCCUCGGCCGUCAGCGCCUUCAUGUACGGGUCAUCGUCCGCUGCAUGAGCUUGAGCCUGAGCCUGAGCCAGAGGCAUGAUAGUUUCCGCCUUGUUGCUUCCUGCUGUGGCGUUGGCGUGUGGGAAGCGCUGUCUGGCUGGGGGAGGCAGAGUGAUCAGAGGGGACGAGGGAGCCGUGUCUUCAAUGGCGCACACAGGCGACGGGAUGAAGGUCAUGCCCGUGAUGACAGACGUCGGUGGGCGGACGGCAGGUGGGGCGAGCAGGCACCUCUUCUUUAUCGAGUCUUCGCACGAUGACAGCAUCAUGGGUGGGGGAGGGACCGGGGGAAGAGGCGGCUUGGCUGUCGUCUGUCUUUGUGUCGCUGCGGGGGCAGCAGCAGCAGGGGCGUCUUCCCUCCUCGACUCUUCUCUCUCAUCGUCAGAGGAAGACGAUAGCUCAAAGAAGCCGCUGGAGUCGCUCAGAACAUGCAUCGGGCCACUCCCCGUGUCACCUCUCGCAACGGCAGCCGGCUGCACCAUCACCUUCUCCUUGUCUGCGACACAAAUCCCACAUUUCUCGCUUUUAUCCAGCUGAGCCGCAGUCGUCCGAGAUGGCGGCCGCAUGGAGAGGUCACCAGACGUCGGCACUGUUGACGGAGUGCUGACGUGGAGGGGCGGGAGGAUGCGAGGAAGCGAUCUCCGUUCAUGCGGCGGCUUGGCAAGACAUUGAGGGGGCGUUCUCGGCGAUACGAUAGCCGGUGGGUCAUCGGGAGAGUCGUCGAGCACAUCAUACUCUGGCCAGAGGUCGUCAGUGAUGCCGCUGGAGCUGCUGGAGCACGUCUUAUCCACACGCUCUUUGUCUUUGCCGGCCGUCUUCUUCUGAAUAGCUGUGGCAACCAUCAUUGGCCUGUUGUCCAAUGGGGAAAGAAGCGCCCGCUGCCCAAGCGCAGGUGGCGGUGUCUCGGCGGCGCUUCCAUUGAUCGCCUCUCCCCCAAGUCGUCUUUUCGGAGCGACAGAAGCCGGUGCAGAAGCCAAUAGAUGGGCCUGGGGGGUUGAUGAUGCCGCCGUGGCGCCAGCGGUCUUCUUCCGUCCGCAGCCUCCCUCCUCCAGAUAGCGGUGGAACGCCCCACGUGCCAUCUUCCGCUGGUGCAGUGACUGCUGCCUUCUUGCCUCCUCCUCUUGCAACGAGCGCUCCCUCCUCUGCUGGCUGCGCUUCCGUCUCGCGGCCGUCUCGCGAUUGAGUGACCUCAGGCGGUCGACGUUGACGUGGACAGUGCGUUGGGACUCAGACGCGGCGAUUGACGAGGCGCUUCGCAUCCUGUGCAGUGGGGCUAGCUGCACCAAUGUGUCAGGCGGCUUUGUGAGGGGAAGGAAGGGUGGCAGGCGAUUGGAGGGGGCCUUCAACUGCAGAGGGGGAAGCGGCUCUCUCUGCAGCGGCAUCGAUACAAACGCACUGGACUGUCUGCAGAAGGGAUCUCACUGGACGACCCGCCAGGACCGCCGGGGGGGUGGCACGCAUGCCAUUGGG